GGUCACGUGAACAGCGGCGGACAUGGCGGCGGCGCGGCGGCUCCUGCCGCGCUGGGCGGGAUCGCUGCGGCCCGUGAGCUCCGCUGCGGCGGCCACCGGGGCGUACCCGAAGCGAGUGAAGGUGGUGGAGGUGGGACCCCGUGACGGGCUCCAGAACGAGAAGAAUGUUGUGCCCACCCCAGUGAAGAUCAAUUUAAUCAACAUGCUGUCAGAGACAGGGCUGCAGGUCAUAGAGGCCACCAGCUUCGUGUCCCCCAAGUGGGUUCCUCAGAUGGCUGAUCACACCGAGGUCAUGCAGGGGAUUAAUAAAUUACCUGGGAUCAGUUACCCUGUGCUGACUCCAAACCUCAAGGGAUUCCAGGCAGCGGUGGCAGCAGGGGCCAAAGAAGUGUCGAUCUUUGGGGCAGCAUCUGAGCUGUUCACCCAGAAAAACAUCAACUGCUCCAUCGAGGAGAGCCUGGAGAGGUUUGAUGAGGUCUUGAAGGCAGCAAGGGAAGCCAGCAUUCCUGUCAGGGGAUACGUUUCCUGUGUCCUUGGAUGUCCCUAUGAAGGGAAGAUUUCUGCAGCUAAAGUUGCAGAGGUCUCCAAGAAGAUGUACUCCAUGGGGUGCUACGAGAUCUCCCUGGGGGACACCAUCGGCGUGGGCACCCCUGGCAGCAUGAAGGAGAUGCUGACAGCGGUGAUGAAGGAGGUGCCCGUGGGGGCUCUGGCUGUCCACUGCCACGACACCUAUGGACAGGCUCUGGCCAACAUCCUGGUAGCCCUCCAGAUGGGGGUGAGCGUGGUGGACGCUUCCGUGGCUGGCCUUGGGGGGUGUCCCUAUGCCCAGGGAGCCUCUGGCAACGUGGCCACAGAGGACUUGGUGUACAUGCUCAACGGGCUGGGCAUCCACACGGGAGUGGAUCUCCAGAAGCUGAUGGACACAGGCACCUUCAUCUGCAAUGCCCUGAACAGAAAAACCAAUUCCAAGGUGUCUCAGGCCUCCUGCAGACUGUGACACUGAGUGGAAUUCCUCCUUGGAUCAAGAAGAAACCGAGGAUCCAGCGCUGGCUGGGAUUCCUCUCUGAUCUCCCGAGCUCCUUCCUGGCUCAGCAGAAUUAUGAAGAAAUGGAAGAAUAUUCUAUUUUAUUGUAUUAUAUUGGACCUUGAGGCUGUUACCAUGUGCCUUAGAGAAGGGAGGACGUGGAGGGGCUGAGGAAAGCUCUGACCUGAGCAGCACCCAGCAGCUCCUGCCCGCAGAGCCAAGGCCAGCCCACAGACGUUGCAGUUAGAGCACUGCUCCUGCUCAGGCUUUGUCCUUCCUCCCUUCUCUGCCCUCCACAAACGUCCCAAGGCUGAGCCUAAAGCCUCCCCUGGUGCUCAGCCUGCAGGGAUGUGCUACUGCUCUGUGUAUCUGUUGUAAGAUACCUCGACGUACCAGGAGUAAUAAACACUUUAUUUAAUAGUCUAAACUAUUAAAAAUUUGAUUCAGCUGAACCAGCUAAGGAGCUUUUGCUGCUGGUUUGGUUCCAAGUGCCUCUUCUGUGUGGAAACUCUGCAUGAUCAUGGGCUGGGAGAGGUGAGGAAUUCCUUCCACCCCCAGAGAGCAGAGUGUGAAACACCCCUGCUCCUUGGGAGCUGCCCCCAACUCUUCUAUUUAAAAUAAUUUAUUGAACAGUUUAUUUGUGAGACUGGAGACGAGCACAGGAACUCUGUCCUUUCAGGGGCCAGGGCAGGUUUGAGGCUGUAAGUGCCUCCUCUCCACAUGACUUCAAUAAACUGUAACAAUUACCAAA